AUGACAAAAAUAUCAAUGAUUGGAAGUGGGCAAAUUGGUGCCAUAGUGGGGCAACUUGUCCUUAUGGAAAAUAUUGGAGAUAUUGUUCUGUACGAUGUAAUGGAAGGAGUACCACAAGGGAAAAGUCUUGAUUUAAAACACUUUAGCACAAUUAUGGGUAUAAACAGGAAAAUAAUAGGAACAAAUAAUGUGGAGGAUAUAAAAGAUUCAGACGUGAUCGUUAUAACUGCAGGUAUACAAAGAAAAGAAGGAAUGACUAGAGAAGAUCUAAUAGGGAUUAAUGGAAAAAUAAUGAAAAGUGUAGCUGAAUCAGUUAAAUUGUAUAGUCCAAAUGCUUUUGUUAUUUGUGUUAGCAACCCCCUAGAUAUAAUGGUGAAUGUUUUUCAUAAAUAUAGUGGACUUCCAUAUCAGAAAAUAUGUGGAAUGGCUGGUAUUUUAGACACUUCUCGCUUUAGAACCUUAUUAGCUGAAAAAUUAAAUGUGUCACCAGAUAACGUUAGUCAAGUACUCUUAGGAGGCCAUGGAGAUUUGAUGGUACCUCUUGAAAGGUACUGUUCAGUUUCUGGAAUUCCAUUAUCAGAAUUUGUGAAACAAGGUCUCAUAACAAAAGAUGAAAUUAAUGAAAUUACACAAAAAACCAGAGGUAUGGGUGCAGAAAUUAUUAAACUUGCCAAAUCGUCAGCUACUUUUUCUCCUGCUGCAGCGAUUGUAAAAAUGAUAAAAUCUUAUUUGUACAAUGAAAGUCAGUUGUAUACUUGUGCUGUUUAUUUAAAUGGGGUAUAUAACUGCUCCGAUCUGUAUGUCGGUUCUACAGCUGUAAUUAAUAACAGUGGUGUCAAACCAGUUGAAUUCACGCUUACCCAGGAGGAGAAGGAACUUUACGACAAAUCGAUUGCCUUUGUUCGGGACCACACGCAAAAGGCCUUUGCAAUGAUCAACUGA